AUGCUUUUAGGAAGCUCCUCGCUCAUUGACUUGAGUAAAUCUUCCAACACAUCUAAUGAUAAGGAACUUACUCUAGACAAUAAAUCGCACUUGCUUAUAAUUGACGAUUCUAUUAAGCCUUUAAACAUUGGUAAUUCAUACGAAAUCAUAUCACUUCCAAGUCCCAAUAACGUUUAUAACAAAGAAUAUUAUUUGAUCGGUGAGAAUAGGCUUUUUAGGCUAAACGGAAUAAAGCCUAAUGAGAACAGAGUCAGUUUAUUUCUUAACGAGUUUCUGGCAAAUCCUGAGUUUAUUAUCGCAACAUUCGAAUUUGAUGUGAUUUUCAUAUUCAUUUCAAUUUUGUACUUAAAUAAGGACAAGUAUAUCACGAUGUCAUCCAGGAUCGUUGAUUGCUACACCAACAGCUCUUCUGCAUUCUAUUCUAAAAGUUUGCAGUCCUCCGUUCUGUCCAUUUGGAGCAAGAAUGUAAAUGACGUUAAGACUAGGCUUAUGUAUCUCUGUGAUGUCUCUGAAUCUCAUGGCGGUAACGAGCAUCCGCUGCGCCCUAAUGAAAAGAGACUCAGGCACCUCCUUACCUUCAAGGUCAAUAAAAUGGUUAAUCACAUCAUUUCCAAUAAUCUAUUCAUUUCAGACUACUGCGAGACUUCGGUUACUUCCACAUCUCCAACGGUUAGGAAGAAUCUGGUCACCUUAAACGAGGAUAAGUGUAGGCACUUCUGUUGGUCUCUCGUGAAGUCGCACCUGUCUGAGACUGCAGCAAAGAUUCUAAUACCCUCAGAGAUAACAGGGUCAUUGGUGAAGCCGGUUAAAAAUGAAUGUACUCCUCAGGUUUUAACAUCAACUGCUACCAAGAGGGCUAAGGUUAUUUCUGGAUCAAAGGGCACUCCUUCAAUAACCUCUUUUUUUAAGGCAAAAUAA